AUGGAAGCACAGGCGGCAAGAAACAAUGUCAAUCCCCUCAGCGAUCUGAAUGAUCCGUAUUAUUUGCAUCCUGGUGAAAGUCCAGGAACACCAUUAGUCUCCAUCAUGCUGGGUUUCAACAACUACCACAGCUGGGAAAGAGCAGUGUUGAGAGCAUUGACAUCCAAGAAUAAAAAAAAAUUUGUUGAUGGAACAAUUGUGAAACCAGCUCCUGAUGAUCUUCUAAGCAAAGCAUGGAAUCGUUGCAACAAUUAUGUAGUUUCUUGGAUCAAUUUGGCAUUGAGUCCAGAAAUUACACAAAGUAUAAUGUGGCACAAUGUAGCUUUCGAUUUAUGGCAAGAUCUCAAGCGCCGGUACUGUCAGGGAGAUAUUUUCAAGAUUGCUGAGCUUGAUGAUGAACUCUCAUCAAUCAAGCAAGGAGACCUCACAAUAACUGCAUACUUCACAAGAUUAAAGGUGAUUUGGGAGGAGCUUGAAAACCUAAGGCCAAUUCCUCAAUGCGUAGCAUGUGACUCAAACAAUUGCUUGUGUGGACUGAUGAAGAUCAGAAAAUAUCAAGAUAAUGCAUAUGUAGUAAGGUUCUUGAAGGGAUUAAAUGAAGCAUACUCAAACGUGCGAUCACAAGUCAUGAUGAUGGAACCAGUUUCGAAAAUUAAUCAAGUCCUUUCAAUGAUACUCCAACAAAAGAGACAACUGCAUACACUUGAACCAAUUGACUGUAAAGCACUGAUCAGUGCUUCAAACAACUUCAGCUAUCCAAAUAGAGGAAGGGGAAGAGAUAGAGCACCAGGAAAAAGUCAUGGAAGGGACAGAAGAGCCACAAAAUAG